CAACUAUUGCUCAUUUCACGGAGCUCCCUACUUCCUAGUCCGAGUCCCUGAGCCAAAUAUAAAUUAACUUCCUAAAGACUGCUGGAUCCCAAAUGACACACUUAACGCGCUGUGUGGAGAUGUCUGAUGAUGGAGUGUUGGAUCCUGGUCAUUUUCACCUGGAUGAGAAAAGUUUCCGGUUCUGCUGCCAGAGUUUCCUCCAGCACUCGGAUCUCCUCAGCGACGGCUGGAGCUGGACUGAAGUGAAGGGUUCUGAGGGCUUCAUGAAGAAGACGGUUCUGAGACCCAGGAGAAAUUCGCCUCUGAAGACUGAAGCCCUGGAUUUCAUGACUGAAGAAGAAAAGGUGGAGGAAGAGGAGGAGGAGGAUGCCCAAGUCGAGUGUGAGAAGCAGGAUGUGGUAGUUUAUGAGUAUCAUGUUUUAUAUUCCAGCAGUUAUCAGGUCCCUGUCCUGUACUUCACUGCGUCGACUCUGGACGGUCGGCUGCUGUCGCUGGAGGAGGUUUGGAACAGUGUUCAUCCGGACUGCAGGACGCAGCUUCUGAACGAACCCUGGAACACUCUGACCCAACAGGAGCACCCGGUCCUCGGCCAGCCGUUCUUCAUGCUGCAUCCGUGUCGGACGGAGGAAUUUAUGCAGCCGAUUUUAGAAACGGCUAGAAGAGAGAAAAGGAGAAUAAACUACGUGGUGACGUGGCUGAGUGUGGUUGGGCCGAUGGUGAGGCUGGUGGUACCAGUAAGUUACUGUACAGUUCCGGAUCAGAACCGAGUCUGAGGGUGGUUUACCGGACUGGACUCCGUGCUGAGUAAGAUUGAUCUGAGGGCACUGAGCUGGAGGAUGAAACAGCGUCCCAGUGAACCGGCUCAGAUCCAGCAGAACCGCCGGGUCAGAUCCAGCAGAACCGCCGGCUCUAUUUAUUAUUAUUCUGAUAUUAUGAUAAACCAGUUUGUACAAAAAUGUUUGUUAAUUUCCAGUCUACUGAACUAUAUUGUCUAUCGAUAUUGUUUUAAAGUAUUAAAGUUAUUGGUAAUUCUGAUA